AUGAUAAAUCCAGCCACAGGUGUUGGGACAAGUGCAGGGGCAAGUGUUAAGGAUGGUAUAGGAGCUACUGUAACUGUUGGAACAAGUGUAAAGGCUGAUGUAGGUGUUAAUGUAAGAAGAAAGAGAGCCAACCAAGAAGGUGCAGGAACAUUGUCAAGUGGAGUGACUGUUGCAAGAGCAAUGUCAAGUGGAGUGACUACUGUAGGAGCAAUGUCAAAUGGAGUAACUAGUGCAGAAGUAGUUUCAAGUGGAGUGACUGGUGUAGGAGCAAUAUCAGAUGGAGUUAGGGGUGCAACUCGGGCGGGAGCUGGUGCAACCAAUGUUUCAAGUAGGAGAGGUAAGUUGGAUGUGAGGAGGAAUAAAAUGAAUACACCAGCCACAACACAAGACUCACAUUCAGCAGGAGGAGCUCAAUGA